AUGGCAUGCGGGCAGUACGUCCGCGCGCUAAUUGGGAGAGCAGGGAGAGGCAGGUUCAAGGGAAACGCGGUCGAUGACGACAGGGGAGGGAAGCCAUGUCGGCGGCAGGCGGCUUGGCGAGGGGUCGCGAUUGCCCCCUUCGAAUCGCAUGAGGCAGGCCCAGAGGGGGUCGCCCCUGGUCGGACCGUUUCUAGAAAGAAGGGGAAAGAGAGGAGGGAAAGGGAAGGAAAAAAACAAAAAACAAGGGUUCCCAAGCAAGGCUGUCCAGGAGGCUUGCCUGGCAGCGAGGCUUUUCCCACCCUACCGUCCCCACUAGCGACCCCUGGGCAUUAA